CUUAAAGAAAGAUAAGUUAUUGUCAUUCAUUGUAUCAGUUUUAUUUAUGAGUCCUUAAGUAAGACUUCUUCUGAAUUUAACUUUUUAUUUUAUGAUGCCGAUUCAGGCCCCUCAAUGGACAGAAUUUUUGACCUGUCCUGUAUGUUGUAAUGAAUUUGACAGUAACAAUAGAAGUCCUAUCAGCCUUGCUUGCUCACAUACUAUCUGUAAAGCAUGUUUAGCAAACCUACACAAGAAGCAAUGCCCAUUCGAUCAGACACAGAUAAAGACCGAAGUGAGCGGCCUGCCAGUAAAUGGAGCUCUACUGCAGCUUGUUACUGGGCAGGGGCACAGCGGAGAUCUCCCUCCCUGCCUAGCACAUCUGUGCCAAGCAGAGAGGGAUGCCUACCUCAGGGCAAGGACUGCUAUCGAGCAACUUGCCCUUUAUCUUAAACCAUUUUCAUCAGUUGGAGGUAGUGGGGCUGUCUCUCGACCUAUGCAAAGGAAACUUGUGACUCUUGUAAAUUGCCAGUUAGCAGAAGAAGAAGGGAGAUGUCGGGCUAUGAGAGCAGCCAGGUCACUUGGAGACAGAACAGUCACUGAAUUAAUUCUUUAUCAUCAAAAUCCUGGCCAUUUAUCAGCCAAUCUUUGGGCUGCUGUCAGGGCUAGGGGGUGUCAGUUUUUGGGUCCUGCUAUGCAGGAAGAAGUACUCAAACUUGUUUUGCUUGCUCUUGAAGAUGGUACAGCUCUUUCAAGGAAAGUUUUAGUCAUGUUUGUUGUUCAGAGGCUAGAGCCUCACUUCCCUCAAGCUUCUAAAACCAGCAUUGGGCAUGUUGUUCAACUUCUUUACAGAGCUUCUUGCUUUAAGGUUUCUAAACGUGAGGGUGAUUCAUCCUUAAUGCAACUAAAAGAGGAAUUUCGUAGUUAUGAAGCUUUAAGAAGAGAGCAUGAUGCUCAGAUUGUGCAAAUAGCUACUGAAGCUGGUUUAAGAAUAGCUCCUGAUCAGUGGUCAGCUCUUCUUUAUGGUGAUUCAGCCCAUAAAUCACACAUGCAAUCUAUCAUGGACAAACUUCAAAGUCCUGGUUCUUUUGGCCAAUCAGUACAAGAAUUAGUUAUAGCUCUUCAGAGGAGUGGAGAUCCAGGAUGUUUAGCAUCUCUUAGACCACAUCUUGAACAUUUAGCUGCAAUAGAUCCAAAUCCAGAAGUUUGUACAUAUAAUCUACAAGAAGUUGCUGAUGGAGUUGAAUCAUGUAGGACAGUAGUUGCUGGACUUGUAGAGUUCAUGAGGAGUCAUGGAGGAGGAGGAGUUGGGGGAAAGGGUAGUCCAGGAGAGCAUGGGAAAUAUAAGGUGUCGCUUUGCAGAGAUUUGGCAUUAAGAGGAUCCUGCCCUCGAGGACCCAAUUGUACUUUUGCUCAUUCUGAUGAUGAACUUGACAAAUUUCGGUCAAAGAAUAGAAAGUCCAAUCGUAACCCUAGUGUAAAAGAAGACGACAUUCAGCACGAGGAUAUAAUUUACUGUAAUGAAGGUAACACUGAUUAUGCAGCAUACUCUGGUGUAACUCAAAACGCAGCAUUUGCAGCUAGUCAGCACACUAGUUUUCAACAACCCUCUUCAACGCCAUUUCCUUCUGAUAUCUACAAUUCUCCCAGGCAUGGAAAUGUUUUGGUACGGACACCCUUUCCUCAAGCUCCUCCUCAGCCACCUGAGCCUAAAGCAACUAUAUGGAGAAGACAACCCCACUUCAGUAAUUCCAAGAGAGGAGUAGCUUCUAGUUUGGCUGUAUUGCAACAUAGGAAACAGGAACUUCUAAAUCAGCUGGAAAGAGUUGUUGCACGUUGCAAUAAUAAUCCUAUUCCUCAGGAGGUGCAGACUGGACCAACUAAUUUUGCUGUCUGGAAUUCUACUAAUGUGGUCCCCAAUAGUUCACCCCUUUUAGAGCAGUCUCUUAUAAGCCAGCAUAGGCCUCUACUUUAUAGAUCUGAUUCUGGUCUCACUGAAGAAGAAUUUAUUCCUUUUGAUCCGCCCAUUGUCAGCAAAUUUGGUCCUAUUUCAAGAGAAGGUACCAAACCGCCAUCUUUUAAUGAACCUCCUCCUCAAAUAGCCUGGCUUUUUAACUCUCCCCAUGGUGGAUAUCUUGGUGACAUUGUACAACCGAUGAGAGAUGGCUUUAUCGCAGUUGAUCUGUAUCGUCCAAAUACACAAGAUGUACCCCCUACAUCUGAUUUUCUAGUGGAAUCUCAAAAGAUGAAACUUCAGUUGAGAACUUUAGAAAAAAAGAUAAAUGAUCUAAAGUUGGCAACAGAAGGUAGUGCUGCUCUGAGUGAAGGUGAAAAACUAAGCCAAGAACUUCAUUUAAUUGAGCAGGGUAUUAGAGAAAGGGAACACCAGCUGAGAAUGUGUUCUCAGAACCAGCUGAGUGUGGGUGGAUCAAAACCUGUCUGGAAUGGAGAAAAUUGGCCAUCUUUUAGACCUGAAGAGGAGGAUUCUUAUGAGGCUGGUAUUGCUAAUGAUAUAAGGGAACUUGAAUUGAGGUGGGAAUAUGAGCUUGAGGAACAAGAAAAACGAUGGUCUUCUGAAGAAGAAACUGUCAAGAAGUAACUUGUCUACACCAUUUACUCCUAUCAUUUUGGAUGUUAUUCUUUGUUAUAUUUUAUUAAUUUAUUUUUCUUUGGAUAUAUAUUUUGAUAUGUCCAAAGGAGAUUCGACUUAUCUCGAAAAGUAGCAUUAUUUAUGAGAAAUUUCAUUUUUAAUGUCACUUUCUCCUCCGUGUUGUAGGAUAGAUGCUGCGUAAUCCUUUUGUUGAUGUAAAGGUUCGUACUAAAAAAUAUUUAUACCUUUUAUAAAGAUUUAUUUUUAUUUUAUUUAUUCGUGUAUGCUACCAAGUUAUGUUUAAAAAUAAAUAAUAAUUUUCACUAAUCCUUAAAAAAAUAGGAUUGUUUAAUUGAAUAAAUUGUAUAAAUCAAAAAUAACUUUUAUUUAUAGUACAUUCAAAAUAUCCUUCUUGACUGAAUUUUUAUUAUUAUUUUUUCUAUUAGUUUUUGUUUUUAAUUUGUUUACUGCCAAGGUAAAUUAGAAAAAUACUCUGUCCUUUCUAAUUAAAUCAUGAAUCUCAAAAGUCUCUUUAAUCCUGGAGAAAUGGGAUUCAAAUGAAAUAAACUAGUUUUGGAAAGUUUCCGUUAUGUAGAAGAUUAACAUAGACAAAUUAUAAAUCAAAGAUUUAUUGCUUUCAUAUAUUUAUAUCUAUAAAACAUAACAUUUAUGUGUUUAAUAAAUGUUGAAAUUGCUAGAAUAGAUGUUUUCUAACAUUUGACAAUUAUUAUAUGUUAUAUUAACAGGAAUGAAUAAGAUUAAUGAAUUUCAAUUAGUACUAAGUUUUUUUUAUUUUUUCAAAGUUUUGACCAGUAUUAUAAAUGGCUUUUUAACAAUUAAUAUUAAUUUUUCUUAGGCUAAGCAAUAAUCAGUGAAAUCAUUUAAAUUUUAUUAUUAAAUAUUCUCUGUGGAAAAGUGAAGCUAUCUGAACACAAUUUUGCUUAUGUUAAUACUGAACAUAAUUAUAGCACUAUAUAACAUAACACACACAUAUAAUAUACAAUGGGUCAUUUUCACGAGACUUGCCAAAUUUGCAUAUAUAUUUUUUUAUAUGGCUCUAAUUAUCCAAUUUCAAAUUUUUGUGUAUUAAUGCUGAGUAUAUCUAUCAUUAGUGAUUAUUUAAUGGCCAAAAUAUUGAAAUUUAAGAUGUCGAAAUAUUAGGGUGUCCCUUAAGUUCUUUCCUUUUUCAUUUUCUGUUGUUUAAGGUUGAUUUACUGUGUUAUAUAUGAACCGUUCUGCUCUAUUACCUUCUUCCAUCUCCCAGGAAACCUCUUAUUGCCACAUGUUGCGUUGGCUGUCAGACAGAAACUCUUACAGUUUGAUUGGAAUUUUCUACCUUAUCCUCCAUACUCCCCAGAUCUUGCCUCAUCCGGUUAUUACUUUUUUCUUUCGUUAACAAAAAUAUUCUCUCCUUAAUAAAUGUCACAAACCGAAAGCUAAUUAAAAACGUAUCCUGAUGAACAUUUUGUAAGUAAAUCUCAACAAUUUUUAAAAAAGGGCUCAAAAAGGGAAAAAAACAUAUUCAAGAGGCUUCCUGAGAGAUGGAAGAAGGUAAUAGAGCAGAACGGUUCAUGUAUAACAACAGUAAAUCAACGUUAAACAACAAAUAAAGAAAAAGGAAGGGUAAUCAAAUGUUAAACGAUUCCAAUGGCUGUGAGGUCCUAAGGAACACUUUAGGGGAUAGUGAAAACGAAUGCACUAGCCAGCAUGUUGCCUCUAUUAUGUAGAGAAAUAUUCGUUUUGCCAAGGUGGCAACCCACACUGUUCAGCUCUUACCUUAGGUUAUGCAAAUUCUUAUAAUUUAGGGGAUUCGCCCUUUAAUAUGAAUGAUUUUCAUCGAAGUGAACUUACUACUAAAAUUAUAGUGAGUAUUUUUAUUCACAACCGUGUUACCUUAUUUUUAUCACUCUCAUAAAUUUCUAUUUUUUAUCAGUGAACAUAAUUAAAAGGCCUGCUGUUGCAGAGAACAUUAAAUUUGUUUAAAUCAAGAUGAAUCAAUAAUUAUUGUUUCUUAGUACAGAAACAUCAUAAGAUUUUUUUUAUACAUUGUAGUUUUAUUUUAAAGAACAUACCUGAAGACAAUUUGUUGUUUGUAUUUUGUUUAUAAACCAUAUCUUGUUUCAAACUCCUUGAAGUUGAUCGGAUACUUACUUUGUACUUAUUAAGAAAAAAUAUACAUAUAAAUCAACUGCCCUAAAGUAAUUUAAACAUUGAAAAAAUCUACAGUUUUGGAAAUCGCAAUAUUAUAAGUAAGAUGAGAAUGACCCUUUAUAUAUAAAUUUAAUAUAUAUACACUACAUUAUGUGUAGGGAAUGAACUUAUAUUGAUUUUAACAGUUUAAAAGUAAUGUUAUAUUUGAUUUAAUACAAUUGUUUCGUAAUUUUUAAUUAUAAUAAACGAAAAAUAUUCAGAUAGAAAUAUAUCUACAUUUUUUUUUUGUUAAAUGAUCUAACCUAUCGUCUAAUCCUGGUUUAAAGAGAUAAAGAGAUGUUUUUAUCAAGAGAAUCACUGUUGGUGUAUUUGUUUUUAAAUUGAAUUAUUUAGACUUGGCAGUGAAUAAAUGCUUUAUUAAAUGAUGGUGUAUUAAUAUUAAAUGAUUUAUUCAAAAUAUUUAUUUAGUGAUGCUGAUGCUUUAUAACUAUUCCAUUCUGAAUUGUGUGCUGUGAAAUGAAUUUAUUUUCAUUAUUUUGAAUUUAUGGCAUAAAGUACAUGAUAAAGACUUACGAUAUUAAGUCACCUCCUAAAAUAUGUAUUUUAAAAAUUGUUAUUUAAAUGAUAUAAACUCAUGGAAAUUUAGUAUAAAUUAUAAGUUACCUUUAUGUGUCGCUUUGUAAAUAUUUCAGUCUUUCCUUUUUAUUUUUUAAUCAGUUUAUAUAAUUAUUAUAUUUUUUGAAGAUUUAUAUUGGAAAAAAAAAUCAUAAUUUAGACAUUAGUUUUGGAUUAAACAUUAAUUAAUUAGUUUUAUCUUAUAAUUGAAAUGAAUUUUAUGUGUAUAAAUAUCUAGGUGAUAUUUUGGUGUGGUACAAGUUCAAAGAGUCUUAUGGAACUAAACCGUUAAGUCCCUGAUUUCUAUUCAGCUCUUUUCUAUACCUGAAUUUAUCUUAUAUAUUUUUUUAUUAAAUGUAGCAAGAUGUCAAGUCACAUGUAUUAAUUAGCUGUUCCUCAGUAGAGAGGAGUAGUAAAUGUAUUUUUCCCAUAAAAUUCACUCGUGAAUAUAUUUUUAAAUGACUGAAAUUUUUGAAAAAUUCUUGUUUAAACUUUUCCCUUCUUUUGUUUCUAAUAUGCUUUCAAUGUUCACUUUAUGUAAAGCCAACACACAUUGUUAUUUAUUUAUUGUUGAUUUUAUAAUUUUAUUUAUAUUAGACACUUACUGAUUAGUGCCUAAUUUUGUUAUGUCCUUAGAAACUGAUUAAAUGCACCCUUAAAUAUUUUAUUACUGAUUAAAAAGAUGAUUUCAUGUUAUAAAUUUUGCACCUGUAAACAUUUUCAGUAAAUUUAAAUAUUCUUAGAAUAAUAUUGCUCAACAUAGAUUUCCUCUGCUAUAUUCACUUACUAUGUUCUUUUGAUUCUGUUUUCUAUUUCAGAUUAGAAAUUUAACAUACAUUUCAAAUAAGUUGAAAAUUUAAUUUAUUUAUUUAUCAAUACUUUCAUAAUAAUAUAGAAAUGAAAUUUCUUAAAAUAUCAUUUGGCUUUUGGCGAAAUCUCAUGACUUUCCCUAUUUUUGUAAAUGCUUAUUUUAGAGAUUUAUGUUUUUCUGAGAAUUUUGUGUUUAUUCCAACAUUUUUAAGGAAUAUAUUUAGUUUUAAUGAUUCUCCUGUUGCCUAUGUUGAGUUUUAUAUUUGAGAAACACAAAAGUUAUGACAGAAGUGGUUGCAUUUUUCCAGUUUUGUACUAUUUUAGUAAGUCACCUAUUAUUAUACAAGGAGCUUUACAUACAGAGUAAUAGUUACUGAUUUUAUUAUUAUUAUUUUACUGAAGAUGUCAUUUGAUCAUCUGAUAAUUGAAUGUGUGAUAUUAUAAUUAUUGUGUAAUAUGUAUAGGUUGGGAAGGUAUGGAGUGAUGAUGAUACAUAAAUCAUCAUCGUGAUUGUAGGUAUUUAAUAUCUAUUUAGGAGGUAUCAUUUUUUAGCCCAUGUGUUUUCUAUGAAGGCACCCUUGAUGACUGAAAUCAUAUAAAAAUUAUAUUGUAAAUUGGGAAUAAAAAGGAGAAGAGAUUUUUUAAAGUUAUCUAUGUACCAUUGCAUGUUAGACAUGUCUGUUCUGUUGAGUUCUUUUAUUCGGACUUGUGUUGUGAAAAAGACUCCGUUUUUGUGAGUAAGACUUAUAUUUUAGCUAUUGUAUCAAUUCUGUUUUUAUUUUAUAUAAAUGUUUCAGAUUAAAAAAAAAUGAAAUAAAGAUUUAAAAAAAAAAAAACGAAAAAGUCAGUUAAUCUUGUAAUAAUGAUCUUUCAGAAAUGCUGUGUUUCACCUUCUUUCCAAAGCAAAUAUAAUGUAAUUAAUUAUAUUUAUUUCUUACAUGUGCAUGUUAAAUUAUAUAUAUUAUAUAUACAGAAAUCAUAUUGAAAUAUUGUUUAUUUCAUCUUAAUUCAUAAUAUUUAUUAAAUUAUUUAAAUAUAUUCUAUAAUCCAAAAAGGAAUGUUAUAAUUAUCUGAGCUUCCUAUCAUUAUCCUUGGAUAUAUGUAUAUAAUUUUCUGUGCAGUACCAUUACAAAUAAAAAUAUAUUUAUAUUUUGUUACUACAGUUUAUAGUUUGUUAACCAGUUUUUAAUUAAAAUUAUUUUUGUGCUCUCAAGAAUAAAAUUAUCCAUAAUUAAUGAAAUGAUUGUAAUACUAAUUCAUAAGUUGUAAUUAGAUGUUAGUGUAGUUGUUAAAUUUGUUAUCAUGUUGCACAUGCAAUAUUAUGAUUAUAUUAAUCACAUAUGUAAUAUUUGGUGGAUUGGGAAAAGAAAAUAUUUUCUUGUUAGGAAGAAUGAUGUUAAUAACAUUGCUUUGAUAAUGGUUGUUAUUGUAACGCAUAUGAAAUGGACUGAUAGACUGUUAUUUGACUUAACAUUAUAAGUUGAGUUAUUAAACAUCUUUUCUCAUAAAAAAAUUGUAUUUAUUUAAAUUCUGAAAAAGAGAAAGAAAAAAUAAAGGUACAUGUUUUUCUUAUGUAUAUACUUUGUAAACUUUUGUUAAAAUAUUUAUUUAUGUGGAAAUUUGUUUAUUGAUUGUAUUCAUUAUUCUUUGUGAAUGUUAAGGUGGGACAAGUUAUCUAAAAUGCAAGAAAAGUAAUUUUGGAAAAACAGAUUUGUUGGAAUGCCAAAUAUUUUUAAAAAAAUAGCAGUGCAGCAAUUUAAUUUUAAGACAAAAAUAUUUUGAACUCUUUCAACUCAUUGGUCACUGAAGUGAUACUCUGUUGGGUAGUAAAAUAGUAGUGGAUGUACUUUUUUGACAAAAUAACUAAUAACAAAUUUAUAAUUAAUUUUAUUCAACUGUUUUAUUUAUAGUGGCUGCUAUAACUCAUGCUCUAAUUAAUUUCUAAAUAAAAAAUUAGUAAAUGAAGAAAUAUUCCUAAUAAAUUUUGUUAUUUUUGUCCAUGGCAGAAGAAAUUCUAAGAUUCUUUUAUAAAAAAUCGUUCAUUAGUUUAUAAACAUGUUAAUUAUUUUAUUUAUUUUUUAAAUAUACUUUUUGUAAUAUACAUCAUUUAUUCAUAAUGGUGCAAUUAAAAUGAUAUUUUUGUGACCCAAAAAAGUGUGUUUUGGACUUUAUAAUCCAUUUAAAUAACAUCGAUACUUUGUAAACUAUUUUUGAUGAUUGAUGCAUCCUCAAUGAUAAUUAUUUUAUUUUGUUUAGUAACAAGAUAGUGAUUCUUAUCAUUAAUUCAAUAAUUUUAGUAUGAAUAAAGGUAUCUAACUAUAUUGAAAAUAUCAAGAAUUAAAAAAAAAUUAAUUGAUAAAUUAAUUAAGAGCCUGAUCUUAGAAUAGCCUUGUCGUCAGAUGUUGAAAACUAUAUUUAAUAUUUGGCAUUCUAUCGUUAAAGAGAUCUUUUGCCCACCCGUAAUUUAUUAUAGAAAUUCCACCGUAUUUAAAUAUAUGAAUGUCAUAAUUUUCAUUAAUGUUUCAUAUUAGUCAUCUAAUGAAUAAAUAUACCUACAACUAUGUUGUUUCUUUGUCUUACUCUGCUGAUUAAAUUUAAUAUUGCAAAUACAGAGUCUAUCAAGU